UAUCUCACUUCUUCAAUUCAAAAACAUGAUCAAAGAUGAUCCGUUUGGUGUCAUGGCCUCGUGGAAUGAAACCAUCCAUUUCUGUGGGUGGCCUGGUGUUUUGUGUGGCCGCCGCCACCUGAGAGUCGUGUCCUUAAACCUCACGUCCCUGAAAUUGGUGGGAUCACUGCCUUCACACAUUGGGAACUUGAGCUUUCUCAAAGCUUUGGACCGUCGAAACAAUAGUUUUUCAGGAAAUAUUCCUAUUACAUUAUCCAAUGCAACAAACAUAGUGUACAUCUUUGCAAGUAUAAAUAAACUAACUGGAAAAGUUCCUGACCUUGGAAAGUUGGAAAAACUACAGGAAUUUACGGCAGGAAGUAACCAUCUUGGGGAAGGGAAUGUUUUUGAUUUGAAAUUCCUUUCUUCAUUGGGCAAUGCAACCGGCUUAGAAACGUUAGACCUUUGUGGUAAUAAUUUUGGAGGUUUAUUGCCUACAUCAAUCACUAACCUUUCAAGAAACCUUAUAUAUCUUUCCCUUUGCGGCAAUCAGAUUUCAGGAUUCAUCCCAAGUGGGAUUUCUAAUCUCAUCAGCUUGCAAGUAUUACUAUUGUUUCAGAACAAAAUCAGUGAAGAAAUUCCACUUGAGAUUGGGUAUCUUGGUAAUCUGAGACUUUUGGGAUUAAUUGAAAACAAUUUUUUUGGAAAAAUUCCACCUUCUUUAGGAAACCUAACCCUUUUAUUAAAGCUUGGUUUAGGAGGAAACUACCUCCAUGAUACUAUUCCUGCAAGUCUUGGAAAAUGCCAAAGCCUAGAAUUGUUAGAUCUUUCUCACAACAACCUUAGUGGGCACAUCCCUAAGGAAGUUCUUCAACUCUCAUCCUUGUCAUUGUUUUUAGAUCUCUCCCACAAUCAGUUCAUAGGUUCCAUUCCAAAAGAGGUUCGGUAUUUGAAAAAUCUAGGGAUUUUGGAUCUAUCUUAUAAUUCAUUGUCAGGCCCUAUUCCACCCGAGCUUGGUAGUUGCGUUUACUUGGAAAUCUUGAAUCUAACAAAUAACAAUCUUGAAGGCCCAAUUCCACCAGCUUUGGCAAAUCUUAGGGGUAUGGAAUUCUUAGAACUUUCUCACAACCAUUUGAUUGGUCAAAUCCCAACUUUCUUGAAAGACUUCAAAUUUUUACAGAAUUUGAAUCUUUCAUACAAUGAGUUUGAAGGAGCAGUACCAACCACAGGAAUCUUCAACAACACAAGCUCUAUUUCAAUUGCAGCAAAUAAAAAGCUCUGUGGGGGUAUACCUGAGCUGAAACUCCCUGAAUGCAAUACGACAAAGUCCAAAAAGAAGAAUUCAGAAGGUUACUUGAAAAUAGUAAUUCCUCUGAUUUUUGGGAUUGUUGGGCUAACUGUUGUAGUGUUUAUUCUCUGUCAUAGAUGGUUACGAAGACAAAGAAAAGGACCCUUUCCUAAUUUGAUAGAAAACCCAAUCUUAAGAGUGUCAUAUCAUUCCCUCUUCAAGUGCACUAAUGGGUUCUCUGAAGAAAAUUUACUAGGAGUUGGCGGUUUUGGAGCUGUAUAUAAAGGAUCUUUUGAUCAUGAUCGAACUGUUUUUGCAGUGAAAGUACUUGAUCUUUACACCGUGGAGCUUCUCAAAGUUUUGUUGCUGAGUGUGAGGUGUUGA